AUGUAUCAGUCAUUCACAGGCUCCGCGCGCCGCCCUCGCAACGUCAACCUCUCAGGCCGUCCUACCAACCCCUUCGCCGCAUUCAAUACCACAGGCUCAGGCGCACAGCAAGCCGUAGCCUCCGCGCAGCAGGAUCGAGUCCAUCGCCAGCAACAAAGAGAGCGACAGCAAGCAUCAUCUCGAAUCCAGAAAGUAUGGCGGGGCCAUCGAGCGCGGAGGCGGACGUUCAAGAUAUGGAGGCAGGUCUGGGAUGAGACGGAGAACAGCUCGACUGGGGCGUAUCAAUCAUCAGAUGAGUCUCUGCGGCAGUUGAGGAGGCUAUUGUUGUUCUUCAGUCCGAAGGGAGAGCCGGGCGAUAUUCAAAGACUAGCCUGGUAUGGCACUCGGCAGGUCACCACGAGUGAGACGGUAGAGUGUACAGGCGAUGGCUGGAGGACGGCAUACUCGAAGCUUCAGAGAGCAUGCAUCGCUGCGUUGAAGGCGAGAAAGAGCCCCAACGCCGACACAGACAGAACAUUGCUCUGGAUACUAGCAUUUGCUGCGAGGCAGAGCUCGUUCAGCACGAAAGAGGCGGUCGAAUACUACGAGGCUCUGACUGCGACAUCGAGCCUUCCAGACGAGCCUCUGCAGGGCGCGCUACUCGCACCGUUGAAGCAGUCCAAGGAGGCUUACACUGGUCUUGUUAUCCUCUUGGCACGGCCUGUGAAUGCAGAGAUGCUGAGCUUGCUCAGAGCCGCUGUUGAUGCGCAGAUCUUGGCUGAGGCGGUCACUGGACUGGGUGAGGAUCGAUCAAGUAGCCCGCGAGAACGGCUAUGGCUAUUGGGCAACAUGAUAUAUGUUACUGGACAAACGAGCAGCAUGACCUUCACCGCCGCGGUUGGCCGCCUUCUUGGAUCGCUGGCAGACGAUGUGGAUUUUGAUGGACAAACUUUGGAUGCUGAUAAUGAGACAUUCGACAGGGACGUACUAUCAAAGCUGGCAAGCGGUCUUCCGCUCAACACAUUCCUCAACACACAAAUCAAGACGCUACUCGACCAGCAUGCCAUCCGCAACCUACUGUCUGGCCAGCAAACCAUCAACUCGAACAACAACAACGCACAAGUCUUGGCAGGAUAUGCUCUAACAUUACUUCGAUGCUUCCCACGAAGAGCCGAUGACAUUCGCAUGUGGCUACAUCUCGGCCCCACAAGCAAAGACAGAGCAUCGCCGACCGGAUAUCUAUGGGAUGCGGCGAAACAGUGUCAGGUUUUCGGCGAAGUGUCGUCCAAUUCAAGAGAUGUUGUCCACCUUCUCAAGAACACGAAACCAUCGCGACGGCAGAAAGAUGAUUGGACGGUCGUGCUAGUCUUUCUGGAAAUGUUCACAUUCGACUUGAAGAUCAUGGAUGACGAAGAUUUCAUGGGAAGCAGUCCACAAGCCAAGAAGAACAGCGCUGUGCCUGUGCGCGAUGUGGCGCGGCUGGUGACCUUUCUCAAGAACUUGGGUUUCACCCUAUACUUCGAUGCCAAAGACCUCAACGAUGCCACACCAAAGCCGGCAAGAGACGAGCCUCUAUUCAGCCCAGGCCGUCGAUUUGGCAACUCGAACGUAACAACCACUUCCACUGAGGUUAAGCCCCUCACUGUUGCUGGUUUGCCUGGGUUGACUAUCGAUUACCUCAAAGGACUGACCACCGGAUUACUCCGAGCAAUCUACGAGCGUGAUUCAAGGCGAAACUUCCUACCAAAGGAUCAUUGGCUCAUGACUGAGCGAUUUGAUAUGAAGACUUUUAUUUCUGGUGUGGUGGAAGAGGAAGAGCGACGACAUACCGUACAGGAGUUGGAUGACGAGGAUAAAGACGACGACUCUGACGGAGACGAUAUCGAGCUUUUGAAUGUACCGUCAAGAGGCCCUUCGAACUACGCUCGUGUGUUGAGGAACCAAGAAGCUCGAGAACGUGCGCAGCGCAAAGCCAGUAGAAAGCGAUACCUGGAGUCCGUGGCGCCAAGGUUGGAAAUUCUCCAGAACAUGCCCUUUUUCAUACCGUUUCACACUCGAGUGCAGAUCUUUCGAGAGUUUGUGCAUCUCGACCAGGAGAAACGACGAAAUGGCUACGUGGAUCCGGAAGUCUGGCGCAUGAUGCUUAGAAGCGAGGCCAUGGGUGCUGGGAUGAUGCCAGGUCAGCGAGACCCAUUGUCGAGACACCACGCCAAGAUCAAGCGGACAUCUGAGUUCAUGGAUGCAUAUGAGCAGUUCUAUGACCUCGGAGCCGAUCUGAAAGAGCCGAUUCAAAUCACCUUCAUCGACCAAUUUGACACACCCGAAGCUGGUAUCGAUGGCGGUGGUGUUACCAAAGAAUUCCUGACCAGCGUCAUCAACCAGGCAUUCAGUCAGGACCCUGAAAGCAUGAACCACUUCUUUGUCGAGAAUGAUCAACAUUUGCUCUACCCGAAUCCCACUGCCAUCGAGGAUCUGCGGAUACGACUCCAGGAGAUUGGGUUGCGGGACGAAUCGCCAGACAUGCGUGAGCAGAUGCGGGAGUUGCUUAAGCAGUACGAGUUUCUUGGCCGUAUCAUCGGCAAGUGCUUGUAUGAGGGAAUCCUAGUGGAUGUAUCCUUUGCUGGCUUCUUCCUCAAGAAGUGGGCACUUACUGGUGGCACUGGCAGCGCACCGAACGAGUCACACUACCGGCCCAACAUUAACGAUUUGCGUGAACUCGACGAAACCAUCUACAGAGGUCUCCUGGAUUUGAAGAACGCUGAGAAUGCAGAAGACUUUGGCCUUGACUUUACCGUCAAUGUCACUGUGGGUCCAGACCACAACCGACGAGUAGUCACUGUCGAGCUGGCUCCCAAUGGCUCGAAUAUUCCUGUCACAAACGAGAAUCGCCUUUCCUACAUCAACCGCAUGGCUGCCUUUCGACUUCAAUCGCAGAGCAAACGCCAGACGAACGCUUUCCUGCGAGGUCUUGGCGACAUCAUACAACCUUCUUGGCUGUCUAUGUUCAACCAGACUGAACUGCAAACCCUUAUCGGCGGUGCGCAAGGUUCAGUCAUUGACGUCGAAGACCUGCGACGAAACACGCAAUACGGUGGUGUAUAUGUUAUUGGGACCGAUGGACAAGAACAUCCAUCUGUGCAACUAUUCUGGACCGUGAUGCACAAGCUACCCGAUGAAGAUCGCAGAAAAGUGCUGAAGUUCGUUACAAGCACGCCACGAGGCCCGCUGUUGGGCUUCGGGCAUUUGAAUCCGAGAUUCAGUAUUCGAGAUAGUGGAGGUGAUGAGGGCAGGUACCCCACAACGAGCACUUGUGUGAAUCUACUCAAGUUGCCUAUGUACAAGGAUGAGAAGUCCUUGAGGAGCAAAUUGCUUGCGGCGGUGAAUAGCGGGGCUGGGUUUGACUUGUCGUAA